AUGAAGGAAGGAAGUGUGGCGGCGUUGUCUACCUCGAAGGAUGACAAUGGCCAGACGAAUCAAGACCCCGGCAGUUGCAAUGUCAAGAAUGGUGGCAUUGUGAUGGAUAGCUCCUCCAAGUCUGAGGCUAGCCGGGAGCCUCCGGUUGGACUGGUCACUAAUAACGCUGCUGCCACCAGAGAUACCGGUAUCACACCAAAGCUCGACGCGGCAACUAUAUGCAUACUGGUACCCGCAGCGAGAAGCUCUUACGCAGAGGCAAGGAAGGCUCGUAAAGAAGCAGAGUCCUUGGGCAACGCUAGGGUAGCCAGUAGGCAUUCCUUCACAGCGAUCACGCUCAGCCACAUUCAUAGAACAAACCAAAAAGUCAGGCGGGAGGCAAGACGAAGGGCCACCACUGUUGAGUUAGUGACGACCACAGCAGCGGCCGCAACAACCAUAUCCUUUGACGCCACCGCCGACUGUGCUGCUACUGCUAGUAUACAGGCAACCAGGAAGAUGACGACAUCCACUAAGAGUCCGAUCUUUCAAGACGAAGAAUCGGGACAAAGUGAAGAUGGAAGGCCCAAGUUGGACGAAUCCAACCGCUCUGAGAGCAACACUAGUAUCACCGUCAGCCGCAAAUGGCGUGCUUAUCACAGCCACAAACUCCUCCGAGUCCACAGAAGAGGAGGAGAGAACGGUGGCAUCAAGCAAACUGCUUCGUCCGAGUCUCCUUCACCCGUGUCCACUCCACCUCCGACACCCCGUGCCAUGCUUGACGCUGACUUUCUACCCGAGUUUUCCAUUGCUGCCAUUCUCGAGAAUGAGACGUCUCCUCAAGCAAAAGCCCUCUCCUGGGUUCAAGAGCAUCGGGAUUUUGAGUCCAUGUCAGAGGCACGAAAGCGACAGCUAAUGGCGCUGGCGACACUGUUCUAUGCCACGGGAGGAAACAGCUCUUGGCAACCAACGCCCCGUAUCAACUGGCUCGAUGACAGUCUGCACGAAUGUGACUGGCAAGGAGACAGGGAAUUCAAGCCCAACUGCACUGACGAAGGAGUCUACCAAGCCAUCAACUUGGACAGCGACCGCCUUGUUGGGACGAUCCCACCAGAGAUAUCCUUUUUGACUGGCCUAAAGUGUCUAUCGCUGAGAGAGAAUCAAAUCUCUGGCACACUGACAACACUCUUUGGAAGGCUCACCGGGUUGACAGAGUUACUGCUUCAAAACAAUCAGAUCAGCGGAACGAUUCCAAGUGAAAUCGGUGCUUUGACACACCUCACCAACCUCCUGAUGUCUCGCCUGGAUCUCCGAGGCAGUCUGCCAUCGGAGCUAAGCCACCUAUCUGGACUAGAACAACUGGAGUUUUGGGAGAAUAGCCUUACCGGGACCAUCCCGAGUGAAAUUGGACUGUUGACGGCCUUGACCUUCUUGCACUUGAAUGAGAACAAGUUGGACGGAAGGCUGUCUGACUUGGAGUUUCUUGCUUCACUGACAAACUUGAAAGAACUGCAUCUGUAUGAAAAUCAUUUCUCCGGAUCUAUUCCGGUUUCGUGGGCGCAGCUCUCCACGUUGGAGCAACUUCAAAUCUACGACAAUUUGGUAAACGGGAGCGUUCCAGAAGAGCUUUGCAUUGCAUUGACUUCCCUGACCAGCUUUCGAUAUGAUUGCGACCUGCUUACUUGCAGCUGUCCUCAAUGCUCCGAUAAGGAUGAAUCCUGUAAAUGA